UUAUUAUUAUUAUUAUUAAUUACAGGUUAGUUGUUUGUGACGCGCGGGUUUGUCAGGUCCUUUGUUUGAUAAAUGGACACGGCAUGGCCGGGUAUCAACAAGACCGAUUCAAUUAAACUGAAAACGCCGGCUAAACGAAUAAAAAAAACGAGGUAACGCUGUUUUUAUGUUUAAUAUUAUUGACAACGUAUCUGAGGCUGUAACGGGUGAUAGACGCGAGCUUACCCCCGCCCGGGGGGGGUCCCUGACUCUGCAUUUUCAGUUGUCAUCCCAGGGGGGUGGGGAGGGAUACAUUUAUCUCCUGCAAUAAAAGAUUUUGAAUUAACAGUGAUUUCUUCGGGACAUUUUAAACCUAUUUAAAAAGAUUUUUACGCAAACUGACUUCAUAAAAACCUCGGUCUUAACACUUCAGAGCUUAAGAUCAGUAGCACAUUGUAUUAACAUGAUUUAAAAAAAAUAAGAAAGAAAAGGAAUGGAGUUUAGUUUCACUGGAGCCGGAUCAUACAGUUUGGCUGUAUAAAGUGGAUCAGGCUCGGAUUCCACUCACCCGUCAUUGUCAUCCAACAGUACCGGUGUGUACACGGUAGCAAGGCAAAUUAUUAUUAUUAUUAUUAUUAUUAUUAUUAUUAUUAUUAUUAUUAUUAUUAUUAUUAUUAUUAUUAUUAUGUAUUUCUUAGCCCUUAUCCAGGGCGACUUACAAUUGUUACAAGAUAUCACAUUAUUUUACAUACAAUUACCCAUUUAUACAGUUGAGGUUUUUUUUACUAGAGCAAUGUAGGUAAAGUACCUUGCUCAAGGGUACAACAGCAGUGUCCCCCACUGGGGAUUGAACCCAUGACCCUCCAGUCAAGAGUCCAGAGCACUAACUGUUGGCAAGUAUGACUGUAUCCAUAAAAAACAACUGCAUUUAUCCUGAAUGAUGGCAGAUUAGCAAAUGUGUGAUUCCUAAAGAUAUUCUGAGCGGUUGAUUCGGUAUAAUAAAUAAGUACCUUAGUGAUUCUCUUAACUGUUUAAAUUGUGUACUGCAGAUGUAUCCAGGCUUGCCAUGAGGUUUUGUUCUUUGUCUAAUUUAUGCCCCCCCACCCCCUACUGGAAAUUUGACAAAUCGCACCCUGGGAGCAGAGAAAAUUGCCGAUAUACCACAGGGCAGCAGCUACUAAACAGAACCCUGUGUGCUGCCAUAGACAGUGUGAAGAUGGAGUCUGUCCAGAUUAAAGAGGACUUCCCUGAACAUGAACUCCUCCACUGUACAGAGGAGUCCUCUGGGCUGGCUUCCCUCCCCAUUAAACAGGAGUGCUUUGAGAGGCAAUGUGACUGCUGUCUGAUGGAGGUCUCUGAGAUUAAAGCUGAGCACAACGAACUGAAGAUCUCCCCGACAGAAGAACUCCUUUCUGUUAAACAAGAAAAGGGGCUGGAAACUGUCCAUAUUAAACAGGAGCCCCCUGAAGUAGAUUUUGACCACAUGGAACCAGGGAAGGAAGAAUCCGAGGACUUCAAACCAAACAUCCCUGAGCUGGAGCCUGUACGCCUGCGGGAGUGUAGCGUGGUGCUGGAGAGAAUCUGCGUGAGAGAGCAAGGCGCUGGAGAGGAAGGCUCUCCCAACAGCACGCAAGGAGGUGGAAAGGAAGACAGGCGCUCACAUUCAGAAUCCAGUCUAGCAGGUUCCAGUCCAGCAGCUAAAGUGAGGGCGGGCGGUGGAGAAGACCCUGACUGUGGGAAAGGUUUCACUCAGUUAGGGAAUCUUAAAAUUAACCAACAAACUCCCACAGGAGAGAAACCGUAUUGCUGCUCUGCCUGUGGGAAGAGUUUAAGUCUGUCAAACAUUGUGAAGAAACACCAGCGAAUUCACACAGUGGAGAAACCAUAUCGCUGCUCUGACUGUGGGAAGAGUUUCAAUAACUCGGGAUAUCUGAAAAAACACCAGCAAAUUCACACAGGACAGAAACCGUAUUGCUGCUCUGACUGUGGGAUCUGUUUUAGUCGGUCAGACGGCCUUGUUUCACACCAGCGUGUUCACACAGGAAAGAAACCGUAUCGCUGCUCUGACUGUGGGAAGAGUUUCAGUCUGUCAAACAACCUAAAAAAACACCAGCGAAUUCACACAGGAGAGAAACCAUAUUGCUGCUCUGUCUGUGGGAAGAGUUUCAAUCAGUCAAUUCACCUUGUUUCACACAAGCGAAUUCACACAGGAGAGAAACCGUAUUGCUGCUCUGUCUGUGGGAAGAGUUUCAGUCAGUCAAUUCACCUUGUUUCACACCAGCGUGUUCACACAGGAGAGAAACCGUAUCGCUGCUCUGACUGUGGGAAGAGUUUCAGUCAGUCAAUGCACCUUGUUUCACACCAGCUAAUUCACACAGGAGAGAAACCGUAUCAGUGCUCUGACUGUGGGAAGAGUUUCAGUCAGUCAGUCCAGCUUGUUUCACACCAGCGUACUCACACAGGAGAAAAACCAUAUCUCUGCUCUGACUGUGGGAAGAGUUUCAGUCACUUAGGAGACAUGAAAAAACACCAGCGAAUUCACACAGGAGAGAAACCAUAUAGCUGCUCUGACUGUGGGAAGAGUUUCAGUCACUCAGCAAACAUGAAAAAACACCAGCGAAUUCACACAGGAGAGAAACCGUAUCGCUGCUCUGACUGUGGGAAGAGUUUCAGUCAGUCAGGCAGUCUUGUUUUACACCAGCGAACUCACACAGGAGAGAAACCAUACAGCUGCUCUGACUGUGGGAAGAGUUUCAGUUUUAAACAAAGCCUUCAAAAACACCAGCGAAUUCACACAGAAGAGAUACCUUAACACUAGAAAACCCAGAGAUAUAAUACCUAGAAGCCCUGCAGCAGUCUUUCUGACUGCUGUAUUCAAAACACUGUAAAUAGUUUUACGAAAAGAGACAGUCGGAUGUAUUUAGUCACAAACAUCCGAAGCAUGCAUGCAUGCAUAUAUAUAUAUAUAUAUAUAUAUAUA